AUGGGGAGUUCCAACAGCUCUAGUCAACUGCGAUUGGAGCCAAAAACUUCUCGAGCGUCCUAUUCGUACGACAAGGCAUCUGGAUGGCGACGAUGGAGGGUACUACGACCAGGCAGAGGAAUGUACCACGAUGUUAAAAGAAGAAUUCCGUACUACUGGAGUGAUAUCACCGACGCCUUUACAUAUCGCACCAUUGCAAGCACUGUGCGGAUGUACUUUGUCAAUCUCCUCCCCGCCAUAGCGUAUACGCUUGACAUGUAUCGUCGCACCGGCAAGUUUUUUGGCAUAAACGAAAGUCUGUUCUCCUCUGCUCUGGCGGCUGUAGUGUUCAGCAUCCUUAGCGCCCAGCCGCUUACCAUCGUUGGCGUGACCGGUCUAAUUUCCCUCUUCAACUUUACCAUCUAUGAUAUCAUUCAAAUUUAUGAUGGUUCCAUUUAUCCUCAAUUUAUGGCUUGGACGGGAAUUUGGGCUGCCGUCUUUCACUGGCUCGUUGCAAUCUUUAACGGAUGCGACUACAUGCGCUAUGUCACCGACUUCUCCAGCGAGUCUUUUGGCCUAUACGUUGGCAUUAUUUACAUCAUCAAAGGUGUAGAAGAACUUGUCAACGAAUUUGAAAAUGGAAAUGCUGCUGGCUUCCUGGCCUGCAUCAUUGGCAUACUCUACUUCGCAAGCGUGUAUGCGUUGGAAAAGGUUGGCUCUAGUACAAUGUGGAAGGAACAAUUUCGCGGAAUAUUGGCCGACUAUUCGUACGUUUUUUGCACCGUCUUCUGGGUUGGCUUCUCACAUAUACCCGGCCAUAUCCGAGAUUCGAACAUCGGACGAGUGCCUGUGACGAAGGCUUUCUAUCCAACACCAUCCAGAAGCUGGGUGAUUGACUUCUGGACACUCGAUGUGAAAUGGGUUUUCGUGGCCAUGCCCUUUGGCUUCUUGCUUAUGCUGCUUUUCUACUAUGACCAUAACGUGAGCAGUAUAACUGCACAGGCCCGUCAGUACCCCCUGAAGAAGCCCGGUGGGUUCCACUGGGACUUUUUCCUGCUCGGCUGCACUACAUUUGUAGGUGCUAUCCUCGGUCUUCCGAUGCCCAACGGACUAGUGCCGCAGAUUGUCGCCACAUCCGAGGGGGAAGACACGGAGGUCCGCCGACCAGUUGUGACGGCUCUAGCGGUCGUCGAGCAGCGAAUCAGCCAUUUACUAAUGGGGCUCGCAUUAAUCGGCACUAUGACUGGUCCUCUAUUGACAGUUCUACACACGAUGCCAUCAGCCGUGUUUGCCGGCGUAUUCUUUGUUGUCGGGUGGGGUUCAAUCGAGUCAAAUGGGAUUCUUCAGAAGUUUCUGUAUUUGCAGGCCGAGAAGCGCUUCGUCCAGCGCGACGAGCCGAUCUUGCAUGUGCGCAGGCGAAAAGUCUUUCUCUACAUCGGCAUACAGUUCCUGGGCGUCGCAGCAUGUGUGGCUAUUUCGCACACCCUUGCGGCAAUUGGCUUUCCCUUGCUGAUCAUCAUUCUCAUCCCACUUAGAAUUAUGCUCGUGCCCAGGUGGUUCACCCUCAAGGAGCUACAGAUCCUGGAUGACUUUACCGCCACAAACAAGAUGGUUCUAGCCAGUUUGGGUGGCAAGCCUGCGUUGCCGGAAGAAACCAGAGAAGAGGACUGGGGCUUAGAACGGAGGCGGAGCGAAGAACGACACGGCGUGGCCAGGCAGCGAGCAGGAAGCAUCCACAGAUGA